AUGGAUCCAACUUUUCCAGUAAAUCAACCAAAACUCCCUUUUAAACAACGAGUUUCUUUUGAAGAACGUAAGGCAUUUGCUAUUCAAUUAAGACAAAAGAAACCAAAUUAUGUCCCACUUGUUGUUGAAAGUGAUGGAACUUCAAAUGCUAUUGAUUUAAAGAAGGAUAGGUUCUUCAUUCCUGAAGACUCAAAAGUUAGUGACUUUGUUAAAGUCUUAGUUGAUAAAUACAUUGAAACUGAUGGUGAAACUCCAAUUUCAACCGUUUCUGUUAAAAUUCAAACACCAAGCAAAGCUAUUCAACCAUCAAAUGAAGAUACUAUUGGAUCACUUUAUGCUAUGUAUCAAGAAGAAGAUGGGUAUCUUUAUUUCAUUGUUUACAGAGAAUCUGUCUUUGGAUAUUAA